ACCAUUUAUAUGACCAUGUUAACAUGGGCUAGUGUCGGCUCAUAUUAUACCCAUUUACCUAACACCCUGUAGAUAACUAAACUUAUUUUAAGCCUUUGUUUAAAAUACCUAAAGAUCGUUUCACAGUUUUUUGUAAUUAACAAAUAAACAAAGGCUGAAAAAGUGUCUCCUUUUUCCAUAUUUUGUGCUUUUUUGUUCAACACUAUAGCACUCAAAACACAUACUUUUUUUUUUAUGUGAUAGGAGGCAAACGUAAAUGAUUACCGUCGCCCAUAGACACCCGCAGACCCAGGGGCGUUACAGGUGCAGGUUACAGGUUACAGGCGUUAAGGUAAAGAUACGCUCUCCUCUUGAAAGCUUGCAGGUCGUAUCCGUCCGGAAACACCGCAGACGACCUACGGGUAAUACGUUACAUUAAUAUCAAUAUUAUAAAAAUAUUGUCAUUAGAAGGACAGGCAGGGAGCCUGGUGAACCGGCCUUUAGAAUUCCAUUACGUCACUUUUAAGUUCCAUUCAUGAGACGGUAGCGUAAUGGAAGUAACGUAACCACGUCAAUAUUUUUUCAAAACGUAUUAACGAAUAAAUUAUGAAACUACUGUUGAUUCUAACUUAACAUUUUAUACAACAAUAAAUCAACAAAUUUAAUACACAAUAGAGUCAAACACAUAUUGUUAACUUACCUGGGAAAAUAUGGAUUCGUUGGUGGAAUAUUUUUUUACACUGCCUAGAGCGACCACUUCUAUUACGAUUUCUUGGCAAACUGGCUGUCAAAAACUAAACAUGGCCGUUUUACGUUACGUUUUUGCUGAGUUCUAAAGAAUUCGACUGUAGAUGUCUGCUAGAAGAAAAGCAAUUAAAGCUGGGUUGACACGAUAAGAGUCAGUUCGGACCGAGUGGACUCGGAUUACUACUCGGACGCUACUCGUAUCGUGUAAACAUGUAAUCCGAGCGCACUCGUACGAAUGUACUAUGACAGAGCGGACUAGGACGCUGCUCUAUUUUUUCUAUCACUCGGAUCUGAGCUCGGACAAUUUUAAUUAAAAAUAAUGGCGGCGUCAAGGAAAAAGUGGUCGGAACGUGAUACUGUCAGGUUCGUGGAACUGUAUGAAGAAGAAGAAGUGCUGUGGAACGUGAGACUUAAAGAGUAUAAAAUCAAAGAUGCCCGAAAUGCCGCUAUUGAGCGCAUUAUACAUAACCUCAACAUGGAUAUUACAAUUCAAGAUGUGAACACGAAAAUAAAUAACAUUCGCAGCACAUACAACCAGGAAAAACUAAAAAUUAAAAAAUCUACUGGGACCGGAUCAGGAGCUAAUGAUGUUUAUGUUCCUUCGUUGGCUUGGUACGAAAUCGCCGACAGAUUUUUAUCUGGGGUCAUAAAAAGCAGGAAAACUUAUCAGAAUGUGGAGAAUUCAGAUAACAGCUCUUCAAAUCCAGACGUUCCAGCCGCACCUUCACCAGACGUUCCAGCCGCACCUUCACCAGACGUUCCUGCCGCACCUUCACCAGACGUUCCAGCCGCACCUUCACCAGACGUUCCAGCCGCACCUUCACCAGACCAGACAUUCUCCAGACAUUCACCUUCACCAGACAUUCUCGCCAAGCCUUCAUGGGACAUACCAGGACCUCUUUCGCCACCGGCAGAUUUUCAAACGCCAUCAUCUUCUCAGCAGUCAAAUAGUGAAAUAUUCGCUAAGGCACAAAAUGUUCUCAAGAAAAAGCGACCACUUAAACGACCAUUAGUACCUCAACAUAUUGAGAAGUCUAUUGAAACACUUAAUAGUAUCAAGGACCAAGUACUGUGUCAUAAAGAAAUAGAAGAUGAAUUCUCCCUUUUCGCUAAAAAUAUUGCCAGUCAGCUCCGACAAUUGCCCCUAGUGGAUGCUCUAGAUGUUCAGUCUGAAAUAUUACAAAUAGUAAAACAGAAAAGAAUAAAUCGAAUGCAAUCGGAAAACAAUUCUACUACAUCGGAUGAAUAUUAUACAAUGGUAAUACCAGAAGAUUUAUUCGACAAUCUUGAAUCUCAGAUGCAUAUUCAACGUGACGAAACAAGGCAAGAAUCAUUACAACUUGUUGUAGAAAAUGUUGCAUUACAAGAGGAAGGCAUCGAAGUUCAGAUCCAACGUGACGCAACAAGGCAAGAAUCAUCACAACUUGUUGUAGAAAAUAAUGUAUUACAAGAGGAAGGCAUCGAAGUUCAGAUCCAACGUGACGAUGUUGUAGCAGAUGAUCCAUUACUAGAAGCAAUUCGAAGCAUUGGUGGAAUGUGAGAACUAUCCAUAUUUAGCUGGACAGUAAUUAAGAUUUCUUUAACUGAUUAUUUAAUUAAGAUUACUUUAAAGCUUGAUAUUAAAUAAAAAAAUCACUAUAAUUUCUUAUUACUGACCUUUAUGUACUCCUCCAAUCCUUCAUAUAUUGCAUCUAGGACUUCUGGAAGAAACUUGGAUAUGGUGCUCUUUGGAACUCGAAAAGAACUUUCUAAACUUUGAAAACUAUCUCCAGUAGCUAAGUAACGCAAAGUUAUUUGUAGCUUUAUUUUUGCAGGUACAGCAGCUCUCAUUACUGUAUCGGCUCUCUGUAUUUUCGACGUUACUUUUUCUAACAGAUAGUCAAAUUGUUGAACGUUCAGCCUCAAAUGAUUCUUGUAAGUGGCCUUGUCUUCCAAGCGUACUUCUCGGAGAAAAUUAUCUGAUGCUCCCUUCUUUUCACGCCUUAAUAUCCAUUCGCGGGUCCAAAUUGAUCUCUUCUUUCGUUCCUUCUUCCUUCUUACAUUGCUUGUUUCUUUGCUUAUAUUGUUCAAUUCUUUUAUUAGUAUAUCUG